GUGAGUAGAGGUGGACGUGAGAACAAACGCGUACGGUCCGCCUUCUCUCCGAUAAAUCCCUACCAGCCCCGCCCCUAGCCCCGCCCCCACCUCACUCCCACCCUCCCACCCCCACCGCGCUUGUCUCGGCUUCCCGGCCUCCCUCGUUCUCUCCUGCCGGAAGUGCCUGGAAAAGCUUCCGGGUGGGCACGGGUCUGAGGCAGCGGCGGCGGCGGCGGCUGCUGCUGGGGCGGUUGGAGGGGGGCAGCGGGGCCAAGCUGGGGCCAGUUCCCAACGGCUGAGGCGGAGGAGGGCGAGGGGAAAGGCUGCCGCAGGGCGAGGGAGCGAUGUAAGAGGCCAACGCCCAGUACUGAACUAGAUCUGUAAUGAGAUGGAGUCUGGAGCCAGUUCUUUUCGAGUGGAAUUUCCUGAUUUUUCUAGCACCAUUUUGCAGAAACUGAACCAGCAGAGACAACAAGGACAGUUAUGUGAUGUUUCCAUUGUAGUCCAAGGACACCUUUUCAGGGCUCACAAGGCUGUUCUCGCGGCCAGCUCACCCUACUUCUGUGACCAGGUGCUACUGAAAAACAGCAGAAGAAUAGUUUUGCCUGAUGUCAUGAAUCCAAGGGUUUUUGAGAACAUCCUUCUCUCUACUUACACAGGACGGCUAGUAAUGCCUGCUUUGGAAAUUGUCAGUUAUCUGACAGCGGCCAGCUUCCUCCAGAUGUGGCAUGUGGUAGACAAAUGCACUGAGGUUUUAGAAGGAAAUCCUACAGUCCUUUGUCAAAAGCUAAAUCAUGGCAGUGAUCAUCAGUCACCCAGCAGCAGUAGCUACAAUGGCCUAGUUGAAAACUUUGAGCUUGGUUCCAGCGGACACCCAGAUUUCCCUAAAACCCAAGAACUGAGAGAUGGAGAGAAUGAAGAAGAGAGUUCUAAGGAUGAAUUGUCAUCCCAGCUAACUGAACAUGAAUAUCUUCCUAGCAACUCCUCAACGGAACAUGAUAGACUAAGUACUGAAAUGACCAGUCAGGAUGGUGAAGAAGGGGCCAGUGAUAGUGCUGAGUAUCAUUAUACAAGGCCCAUGUAUAGCAAGCCCAGCAUCAUGUCUCACAAACGUUGGAUCCAUGUGAAGCCGGAAAGAUUUGAACAGGACUGUGAGGGUGUCGAUGUGCAUGCUGCUUAUGACGAGCACCAGGUCACUGAAUCAAUCAAUACUAUUCAGACAGAUCACUCUAUCCAGUCUUCAGGGGUGGAUGAGGAUUUUCACAUGGGUGAAAAAAAAGUUGAAGCUGAGUUUGAUGAACAAGCUGAUGAAAGUAAUUACGACGAGCAGGUUGAUUUCUAUGGCUCUUCUAUGGAAGAGUUUUCCGGAGAAAGAGCAGAUGGGAAUCUUAGUAGCCACAGACAGGAUACGAUUAUAGCAGCAGGCUAUAGUGAUAGCAUUGAAAUGGUGACAGGCAUUAAAGAAGAAACUUCCCACUUGGGAUUCUCAGCUGCUGACAAGCUGUACCCUUGUCAGUGUGGGAAAAGCUUCACUCACAAGAGUCAGAGAGAUCGGCAUAUGAGCAUGCAUCUUGGUCUUCGGCCUUAUGGCUGUGGUGUCUGUGGUAAGAAAUUCAAAAUGAAACAUCACCUUGUUGGCCACAUGAAAAUUCACACAGGCAUAAAGCCAUAUGAGUGUAAUAUCUGUGGGAAACGAUUUAUGUGGCGGGACAGUUUUCACCGGCAUGUGACUUCUUGUACCAAGUCAUAUGAAGCUGCAAAGGCUGAGCAAAAUACUACUGAUGUUAAUUAAAAAUAGGACAUGGAUUUUUUUUUAGUGGUGUGCACAAAAAUAAACUAUUAUAAUUAUGCAAAUUGUGUGCACAGAUGAUGUGUGGUACUUGCUAUUAUGAGACUAGCUUAAAAAUUGGAGGAUAUUUCUGAAAGACUGUAUGUAAGUAGGCCAAUUUUUAAAGUCUAAUUUCUCAAGUCAAUAUGCUUCAGUCCUGCCCUGAGAGUUCAGUCUCUGCUAUCCCACCUCCCAGCUAACUUUUCAACCUUCAAGUCAGUUGUUAUAUAGGUGGGCUGUUUUUGUUUUAUUUUGUUUUUAAUGUAGCCACCUGCAUUUAGUACUGGGCUGAAAAUGUAAGGUUUUGGGUUGUUUUUUUUUUUCCCAGAUAGUAACAACUUUUGGUCACUCAUGACUUGGUCCUGUUAAAAUGUUAUUUUGCCUUUAUUAAUGAAACUUGGAGUAGACAAUUUGUUUAGGUUAAAUAGCUAUCUCACCAAACAAAUCCUCUGCUAUGUAAAAAGCUCAAAUGAUACAGCUCCUAGAAGGAGAAAUUAAGUAGAAUUCUUUCGUUUUAAGUUUUAUCUUUUUAAAAGCUAUUUUAAUUAAAACCAUGAAGGAGGAUGCAAAGUAGGUAACAUUCUAACUUGGUUCAAUAGUAAUGUGGUACAAGCUUCAUUUUUUUUGUUUGUGAUACUACAGUAAUGUAUAUCAAGUUCUUGAUAUAACCCACACAAGGUUUUAUAUUUUAGUAUACUAAAGUUUAAAAAAUUAUAUCUAGUUGUAAUUCACUAGGUGUAGAACUAAUUACCAGAAAUUAGUAUUUCUAAUUGGCUUGAUGUUCCAGUUUCCUGUUCAUGUGAGUGACUGGAAGCUACCACUCCAGCAGAAUUCCUAGGUGAGCUCUUCAUAUUGGACCUGCUGUGACCCUGAUUAUAAGUCCUACCUGCUGCUGCUCAGAGUUGUGGGCCUAUUGCAAAUAGUUGAGCUUUCUAAUGAAAAUCUGUCGCUCAUAGGUAACAGGGAAGAAAAAAUUACAGAUAAAGCUUAUAGUUAAGGAGCCCUUGUGUUUCAGGAGUUAGGUUUAAUAUAGCCCAGUAGCUAUGAAGCCACAAAAGACUAGAAACAGAAUGCAGCAUGAGUGAGGCAGAGAAGAGGUGGUAACAAAUUGUUUGGGUGACACAUUGUGUUUUCUGAUUCAGUGUCACCCAACUUGAGCAUCGAUACCUGUAUGAAAGGAGGUGGUAGCUCUUGAAAACAAAUAGAUUCACAGGAGCCCAUGGUGCAAGUCUUUUUAGGGAGCUGGAAAGUAUUUCAGAAUGGAAAAGAAGAAAAAAAUCCUGAUUUUAGUAGAGCAGUUUGGAGAGUCAAGCUCCCAAAUUAUACUGCUGCAUAAAUUAACAAGUCCACACAUCUGUACAUAUAGAAAACAAGAAAGUGGCAAUUCUGAGAUUUUUUUUUCUCCCUACUAGUCUGAUGUUUUGGACUGAAGACUGCUUUUCAGAAAAAAAAUAAAUCAUAUUCCGAAUACUCGUAAGCUCUGUGAUAUACCUAGAUUUCUUACUGGGGUGGGACAGGGUGCUAUAAUUAUACUAACUUCUUUUGACUUACUGGUUGAUUGUUUCCAAAUUUUAAGUAUAAAUAUUUUCAUUUUGUAGGAAAAAUAGCUUUUCUUUGGACUCUUAACUAAAAUCUGGUUUUAAAAAAUUGGCUUUGCACAAAUAAGGUUGCCAUUGCUGGCAAUGGACUUGCUCAAACUGCUAUCUCCUAGGAAUUCAAGUUCUGAACACUGUAUGCGGACAAAGGGAAAGUAGCUCACUCUUGUAAUCAACGUAAUUAACAGGGAUCUACUCACUAACACUGUAUCCUUCUCAAUAUAGAAAAGCACUUUGUAUUUAAAUCUCUUUAUACAUAUGUUGUUUUUUAACCUAGAAACUAUAUAUUACCUCCUGAUUGAUUGCCACAUUAAUACUGUUUCCUUAAUAUUGAAACAUCUGCCAGUUGCCAGUCUUUUUCUUUGUUUACAUGACUGGAAUUGUGUAGAGGUGACUAUACAAUCCAACUCAAUUCUUUCCUACUCUUUGAAGUGGUCCUAGUCCUUUUGUGUGAUAAGAAAUUGCUUUAUGACUAAUAUUAUUAAUGAUGUUGUGAAACAAUUACUUCUGCCAAAUAAAUUCACCCUCUGCUGAGGUGUUAGCAAAGUAUAUUUCUUAUCUAAUUUGAAAGCUUUCCUUUAAAAAAUUAGGUUGGGAAGUUUUUUAAGAGUUUGAGGUAGAAACUACAAAUAUAGGGAAUGCCUGUCUUUCAACUGUUCAUUUCAGCGAAACAGUCUUGUCUUGAAUAAUUUGAAGAUUUUUUAGUCUCUUUCACUACUUUCUUAUUUAAUCUCCAAAUCUUUAUCCUGUGUCAUCUCUGACAUCAGUUUUUGCAAGGAUUUAAUGUUAACUGCAUUUUACUUUCUUCAAAUAAAUUGGUACCUUUUGUAGGAGUCCUGAUGUGUAUACCAACUGCUAAUUUAUAAUUCUUAUUUUUAAAUCCAUGCCCAACUUGUCUGUUGUCCUAUGCAGUUUAUAUAAUAUAUUGGGUUUCGUUUAAAAAAACUGGUAUGUGUAAGCAAAUCAACCCCAGACACUCUUAGUGGGACCACUCUAAUGCUGACCCCAUUCAGAUAGCACAAAAUCUUCACCCAGCGUGAGUUGGGCUGGGGGAGAGGGAUGGGGUCAGGAGGCAGGGAGAGGCUUGAAGAAGAAUGCUUACUAUAUCUAUUAAGAGAGAAAUUUUGCAAACCUUACCUUUUCAAGAUAAAAUAAUUCUAUCCCCUUUGGAAUCCUCUCUCAAUUACCAUCUUGGUGUUGAGGAUGAUUACCCUCUCUCUUUUUUUCUCUAGCCUCAGCAUUGGUUUAGAAAUAUCUUUUUUCAAAAUUAUUGUGCAGAAGGGAGUGGGAGAGGUCACACUUAGCCUUCUGUAGAUACAGUAGUGACAUCAUCCCCUUCAGUAUCGACAGUUUUUGUUCAAGUCUUAGCUUGAGCUCUUUCCCUCAUCCUGAUUUUUUAAAAAAGGCUCCACUUAAUGAGGACUGUGAAUGUUACAUGACAUUAUUAAUGCUAGCACUUAUAUCAUGCUUUUAAUUUUAGAAGCACUGACAGGACAUGAAAAUCAUCUACUUCAUAAGGUAGAUAUCACCAUUUUACAAAAAAAGGAACUGAGACAAAGGUUAAGUGCCUUUUCCCAAGGCCACCCUGGGAUCAUAUGGAAUUAACCUCAGGAGUUCUUGGGUCCCAGCCCUUUGAUUCUGACUACUAGACCAGACCUUUCUCAGUUCCCUUCUUAUGGUCACCAGUUCAGACUGAAUAGAAAAGAAUUUAUAACUAAUAUCCCCUUGUUCCCCCUCCCCCAGUUUAGGGGCGACAACCAAGUUUUAAGGCUAUUAUUCUUGAAGAGCCCAUUAGGAUACUCCCCAAAACUCUAUGGUCUAGUUCCUCUCUUCUAUAUGUGGUGUGCAUUGCCAGGUACUUUGGAAGUGAAAUUGGAACAUGUGUACACAAGAACAACAUUGAUACCUUUUCUUCUCCUAGGGCAAGAGGUACUACAGACUACGUGUAUAAAGAUUGAAUAGAGUUCAGAUACUGCCAAAUCAGGGUCUUAGUUUCAUAAGGUCCAUGUUUUGAUGACUUGGGAGUAGUAAGGAUUGAGACUAAGCCCAUGCAGAAUCUCCUCCAAUAUAAUCUUAAGUGAAUUUUAUUUGACUUGUGCCACUAAUAUUUAUUGAAGAUGCUAUAUUGGGUUACUAACUCAGAAGGUUCCAUCUUUAUUCAGCGAAACCAGAGAUUUUCUCUGAAAAGGCAAAGUAUUUGCUACUUAACUAUUUCAAUGAAUCUGUUUUUAAUUUAGAAUAACUAUACUGAACAGUGCCCUGAGGGAAAAUGCUGGAACACAUUUCUUAAAAUGUGAUUUUUUUUUUUCCUUGCUUGAAGCUUGUGUCAUAUGUCAGUUGUUGCUGCUUUGUUUCCUUUUUUAUAGGGUUUCCAAUAUUUCUUCCAGAAAUUUACUUUUAUUUAUGCAAGUCAGGUGAAUCUUCCUUGAGCUACAAACAUAGUUUUAUUCUAAGGAAAUUGUCAUUUAAGGUUGCAUAUCUUAUUGAUAUUUUGUGAAAUGUUAUGCCUGUAUUGCAAAGGUUGAAUAGUUUUGUCUUUAUAUAAUAUUGCUGUCUUCACUGUACAGCAUGGUUUUACUUAAUUUAAUGUUACUGUUUAAUAUUUUCUUCUUAUAGAAGAGACCAUGCCCUUUUGUAUGACAUGUUUUAAUAAAUGUUAUCUGUCAACUUCGUA